AUGGAAACCACUUUGGCAGUGAUGGAUUCUUCUGAUAUUCAAAGGAAAAAUAUAGCUGUCAUUGGUGGUGGCUUGGUUGGAUCAUUAAAUGCAUGCUUCCUUGCCAAGAGGAAUUUCCAAGUUAAUGUAUAUGAAGCUAGAGAAGAUAUCCGAGUGACUAAAUUUGCACGUGGAAGAAGCAUUAAUUUGGCCCUUUCUUAUAGAGGACGACAAGCCUUGAAAUCCAUUGGCCUGGAAGAUCAGAUUGUAUCCCAAGGUAUCCCCAUGAGAGCAAGAAUGAUUCACUCUCUUUCAGGAAAAAAGUCUGCAAUUCCCUAUGGGACAAAGUCACAGUAUAUUCUUUCUAUAAGCAGAGAAAAUCUAAACAAGGAUCUAUUGACUGCUAUUGAGAAAUAUCCGAAUGCAAAGGUCCACUUUGGCCACAGACUAUUGAAAUGUAAUCCUGAGGAAGGAACGAUCACAGUGCUUGGACAUGAGAAAGUUCCCAAAGAUGUCAACUGUGACCUCAUUGUAGGAUGUGAUGGAGCCUAUUCCACUGUCAGAACUCACCUCAUGAAGAAACCCCGCUUUGAUUACAGUCAACAAUACAUUCCUCAUGGGUUCAUGGAAUUGACUAUUCCACCUAAGAAUGGGGAUUAUGCCAUGGAACCUAAUUAUCUACAUAUUUGGCCUAGAGAUACCUUUAUGAUGAUUGCACUUCCUAACAUGAACAAAUCUUUCACGUGUACUUUGUUCAUGCCCUUUGAAGAGUUUGAAAAACUGCUAACUAGUAGUGAUGUGCUGAAUUUCUUCCAGAAGUACUUUCCGGAUUCUAUCCCUCUAAUUGGAAAGCAAACCCUGGCACAAGAUUUCUUUCUGUUGCCCGCCCAGCCCAUGAUAUCCGUUAAGUGCUCUUCUUUUCACUUUAAAUCACACUGUGUGUUGAUGGGAGAUGCAGCUCAUGCCAUAGUGCCCUUUUUUGGGCAGGGAAUGAAUGCGGGAUUUGAAGACUGCUUGGUAUUUGAUGAAUUAAUGGAUAAAUUCAAUAAUGACCUUAGUAUGUGCCUUCCUGAAUUCUCAAGAUUAAGAAUUCCAGAUGACCAUGCAAUUUCAGACCUAUCCAUGUACAAUUACAUAGAGAUGCGAGCACAUGUCAACUCAAGGUGGUUCCUCUUCCAAAAGAACAUAGAGAGAUUUCUUCAUGCUAUUAUGCCAUCUACUUUUAUCCCUCUUUACACCAUGGUCACCUUUUCCAGAAUAAGAUACCAUGAGGCAGUGCUGCGUUGGCAUUGGCAAAAAAAGGUGAUACACAAAGGACUCUUUUUCUUUGGAACACUGAUAGUUGUCAGUGGUACUUACCUACUUAUGCGCUGCAAGUCACUGAGACCCCUGGACUACUUGAGAAGACCAUGGGAUUGGGUCACUUACUUCCAGAAUACAGCAUGUCUCCCUGUAAACUCCCUGGAGUCACUAGAACAAAUUCCCAAUGUCAUUAGCAAGUGA